AUGAGCCCCAGCGCCGUGAGUUCGACUUGUGCUUUACUGCCAAAAGCUGGCCAACUCGACCAUGAACACCGAUACGCGGAGUUGGAUGCCUCCAAGAUGAUGAAGACCCUUGUUCCCGAGGAAGAUCAACUGCCAGUCCCGGGUGCUCACGACCCUGUGCGACUCGGUCAAAAUUACACCACGGCGCACAUGGUUCAAAUUCCUUGGUCUAUGGAAACAGGUUGGGGAAUGCCCGAGAUGGGCCCCUACGGCAAGAUCGCCUUGGAGCCAACGGCAAGCGUUCUACACUACGCCACGGAGUCUUUCGAAGGAAUGAAGGCCUACCGAGGCUACGACGGCAAACUCCGCCUCUUCCGACCAAAACUCAACUGCGCCCGCCUGCUCAAAUCCAACGCUCGCGUAGGCCUCCCCUCCUUCGACCCCAGCAGUCUCCUUGACAUCAUUGCCAAAUUCCUCGGGAGCGAAUGCCGCCGCUGGCUUCCCGAGCCAGGCACCAACCUCUACAUCCGCCCGGCCAUGGUCGGUAGCGGCUCCGCGCUGGGCAUCAACCAACCCCCCGAGGCCCUCUUCUUCCUCUUCGCCGCCCUCUUGCCGCAAUCUUCGACCCUACGCCCGGCGCCCGGCAUCAAGCUGCUGGCGAGCAGCCCCGAGCACAUCCGGGCGUGGCCGGGCGGCUUCGGGUCCGCAAAAGUGGGUGCGAAUUACGGGCCUGCCAUGGUGUCGCAUGCGGCGGCCAAGGCGCAGGGGUGCACGCAGACUUUGUGGCUUUUUGGGGAGGAGAGGUUGGUUACGGAGGCGGGCGCGAGUAACUUUUUCAUUCUCUGGGAGAAGAAGAGCGGCGAGGGCGUUGAGCUUGUGACUAGCUCUCUGGACACGGAGGUCAUCCUCGACGGCAUCACCCGACGAAGUGUAUUGGAAAUUGCUAGGCAAAGGCUGUCGCAGGGGUAUUCAUCAGCAGCUUCUAAGCUGGCCCCUCUGGAGGUUGUAGAGCGCCCAUUUACCAUGGGUGAGGUUGCCGAGGCGUGUGCAGAAGGCCGGCUUUUGGAGGCAUUUGUUUCUGGCACUGCGAUGUUCAUCACUCCUGUUUCCAUGAUUAAGUACGGCGAUACCGAGAUUCAGUUUCCGAUCACGGUCACUGCAGAGGGACAAAAGACGCCGCGCUCCCCGUACUCCACCGCCAUCAAGUCUUGGCUGGAAGACAUUAUAUACGGCCGUGUAGAGCAUGAAUGGGGGUACGUCGUGACUGAAGAAUGA